AUGCCCCAUUAUCACCCGAUGAAAACACCCAACGUCAUGGAUCUUAUUCUCAACUCGAUAUCCAAGUGUUUCCCGUGCUGUCCAGACAUUCUGAGCCCACAAAUCUCUGUCAAUGGCACAAAAUAUAAAAUAAUACGCCUUCUUGGCGAGGGUGGGUUCUCGUAUGUGUAUCUUGUGUCGCAAAAGAACAACGCCAGCAUUCUUUAUGCCAUGAAGAAAAUCCGCUGCCCCUAUGGCAGUAGUGAUGCCACUUUCCGCAAUGCCAUGCGUGAGAUCAAAAGCUAUCAUCGGUUUGCUCCCGCAAAAUCACCGUACAUAGUACACACUAUAGAUGAGGCCAUAGUGAGCGAGCCAGAUGGGUCUAGGACCUUUUAUGUGCUUUUACCUUAUUUCAAGCACUCGUUGCAAGACAUUAUCAAUUACAAUGUGCUCAAUGGGGUCACGAUGGAUGAGGAAGAAGUGCUCAAAAUAUUUAUUGGUGUAUUAAGCGGAAUCCAGACCAUGCACAAAUACAAGAAAACAGGACUGGAUCCUGGAGAAGAGGACAGCCAGAAUGAACAGGAUGCAAUGCUCCCCAUGGGACUUGAUGACGAUACUGGUGCUAUGGAGAGCACAGAGAUGCUGGAGCUUUGCCCAUACGCCCACAGAGAUAUCAAACCUGCCAAUGUGAUGCUCUCUGCUGAAGGACUUCCAGUGCUCGUGGACUUGGGAUCAUGUAUGAAGGCACGAGUCUCUGUAAAGUCGAGGCAACAGGCUUUGGCUUUAACCGAUUUCGCUCUGGAGCACUGCACUCUUCCGUAUCGGGCCCCAGAGCUAUUAGAUGUGGCUACAAACGCGGAGAUCACAGAGGCAACAGAUAUCUGGUCCCUUGGGUGUCUCUUGUACUGCUGCUGCUUCGGCUUUUCGCCUUUUGAAAAAUUGGAGAUGGAGCAAGGUGCCAAUCUAAGUGUGGCCAUUGCUCAAGCAAAGUACAACAUCCCACAAGAUAUCAAGGGUUACUCACCUGAAAUUAUGGAUAUUAUUCGACUGUGUUUACAAUUGGACCCAACGAAAAGACCCACUGUGGACGAACUCUUAGAGAAGUGUUUGGCACUCCAGGGUAUGUGA